AUGCGUUCUUCAGUCAUGGAAAUCAAAGAUGGAAGAGAAAAUCAAGUUUGGUAUUUGAAAAUAUCAAAACUAGCAUUGGCUUUUGCAAUUAUCCGCUCAAAACCACUAGGGAAGAGUUGCAAAGAAUACACUGAGCACCUUGCCAAAACUAUAUCUGAACAAGAUUUUGGGUGGAAAUCAAAAGUUGAAGCACUGGAAGCUGAAGUUCUUCGAUUACAUCAGGAACUUCUUUUGAACAAGAUCUGUCCAAGAUUCUGCUUGAAAAAUGGAAAACCAGAUGCCUCUACUGAAACUCUUCUGCAUCAGGAAUGUAUAAACCCAAUGAGUUACUCAAGCCAGCUAGAAGACUCCGGAUGUGAUGUGUCUAAUGAUUAUGCAUUUGAUUCUUUAGGCAUAGGUUCUGAUUUUCACCAAUCUGAGCAUGUUGACACUUCUAAACAUUGGUUAGAAAGAGUUCCCCCAUUGAAUCUUUGCUGUACUAGUAAGGAGGAAUCUCUGACUGCUCCAGUGCAGUUUUUGCAACAUCUACUUGAAAUAAGAAAACUGUCAGAAAGAGGAAUUCUUCAAGCAGACUUCACAGAGCUUGAGAAUGAUUCUUUCACCGUAUGCAAUUCAGUGUCUCAGUUGCUUGAUGGACUGACUGUUUUUUACAACAGUCCUAAAUUUCCAGUUUCUAAUAUUCUUACUGAAGCGGUUUGUGGUUUGAUCAGUUUAAUAACUGAUACUAAAUUAUCUAAUCAUAUUUUGAAGAAAUGUUUCAAGAAGCUGGAAGAAUUUAAGAAAAAUCUAAUUCGGAUUAUUUUAGGAAACAGCGAUGUUAAUAGGUUUCAGACACUGCAUGCUGUAUCAAACACGCUGGUUUUGCUAGGAAGGAACAACAUACUAAGAAAUUCUUUAAUAUCUCUUCUACUAUCAGAAGUACGUCAGUUUGCUGAGCAGCUGUUGCAAGCUCACCAGAUCCAGGCUGUGUAUGACGUUACCCAGUAUGAAAAUAUUUCCCCUUUGUGCAUGAUUCUGGAACAACUUCUUCAAAAUGAGACAGAAGAAAGUAACGUUUCAAGCUCAGACUAUGAUGGAGAAGAAAAAAUCAAAUUUCUGAAGAACCUCGAUCAAAUUAUUCUUCACCUCUCAGAUGAAUUCCCUUUGUUUUCUUUAUAUUUAUGGAGAGUGAGUGUUCUUUUGAACUCAGCUCAAAUACAAAUUGAUUAA